CAACUGUGAUUGCAAGAUCUUGCCGACGGAGGGUAUAUAAGGCGACCAGAGGCGGGUUGCAAUUUACUUGCUCCUGAGACGCAGUUGAGUCCACACGUGUUCUGCUUCCACGCGUCAGAGAUGAGGAUGUGGUCGUGGGUGACGGUGGCGGUGGUGGCCGCUCUGGUGGGGACGUCCUCAGGAAAGGUGUUUACCAAGUGCGAACUGGCCAGAGUGCUGACCAACACAUACCGCAUGUCCCGCACCCUCGUCAAGAACUUUGUGUGUCUCGCGCAGUACGAGUCCAGCUUCAACACGGCCGCUACUAACAAGAACACCAACGGCAGUAGAGACUAUGGCAUCUUCCAGAUCAACGACAAGUACUGGUGUCAAGGCGGCAUUAGAACGACCAAUUACUGCAACAUCCAGUGUUCAAGUACGUUGGUAAACAGAGAUUCUACGUCCAACGAGGCUCUUAUCCCUGUGGCCCGUGCAAAACUUCCUAAUGAGACAAAGAAAAUAGAGUUUGAAAUCUGUGAAAUAAUUGGGCAAAAACAUUAA